AUGUCGGCACCAGAGAAAUCCGACCGGGAGCUGUAUGUUCACUACUAUCGCCAGAGCAACGGGUUGAUCUACACGCUUUUCAUCCUGUGUCUCACGUGCUUUAUCCUCUUCGUCCUGUCCGCAACUGGCGUCAUUUGUGUCCAAGGGUUCUCAUCGAAUCAGGCCUGCUACUGGACUUGCUUCAAUAAUGGGUGGUGCCACCUCUACUGUGCCUGCUCCAAGUUGAGCAGGCCUGCCACGACUCCAGCGGCGACCACGACGACAGUGCCGACCACGUGA